GAAUCUAAAUCGGCAAUGGUGCUUCGGUAGCCUUCUUUGGCUCUGGUGGUAAGAAUUUUUGUAAGCGAGCACUGACCUGGUCAACCUCGAAGCAUCAAUUCAGUAAAACAAUGGUCAAGACCAACAGCGAAUCACGAUGGAAGACCACUGUAUUCCUUGAAUCUUAGACAAAAAAACAUCCAACCCACAUGACUUUCAUCAUCAAAGGAAAGAAGCCUCACCACAGUGUGAAGUUUAAUCGACGUGCAAUGGAAGAGAAGAAAGGCUCGAAUAAAAAGUCUUCAUCUCUAUCUCCUUCCAGCAAACUAGAUCAACUUUUAUAUGAUGAUGAUUCACUAGAAAAGCAACCACAAACACCUGGUUUUAUCAUAGAAGAAUCUCCAUCAUCGCAAGCAGAUACUGAGGGUGAAACUGAUGAAGAUAUUGUCUACGGCUCAUCCCGACCAAUCACAGCGGAGGCUUUUAUAAAUAUGAUUCCCGAUACCUUCACGCGGUAUCCCCUACUCCACGAUCAGUUGCAGACUCAGACAUCUCACCUUCAAGAUCAAACCAUUCAAGAAUGUCUUCCUUUUCUCUCGGGAAAAGAAGCUGGAUUGACUUACAAUCCAUAUGGGGUUCCACAUCUGAGUCGAAAAAAGCAUAUUCAAUUCCUUCAUAAGAAUCUACAAAAGCUGCCCUCGGCAUAUGUCGCUGCGGAUGCAAGCAGACCAUGGAUGUUCUACUGGGCGUUGGCUGGUCUCUCGACCUUGGGUCAGGAUGUAUCAUCAUAUCGAGAAAAGAUUAUUGCAACAUGUCGCCCCAUACAGAAUGCGACUGGAGGGUUUGGUGGAGGAAAUGGUCAGAUGUCGCAUUUGGCUACUACCUAUGCAAAUGUUCUAUCGAUUUCCAUGGUAGGUGGACAAGAAGCGUUAGAUAUCAUUGAUCGCAAGGCGAUGUGGAAAUGGCUAGGUGACUUGAAGAUGUCUACUGGGGGGUUUAGAAUGGCCGUGGGUGGCGAGGAAGAUAUUCGUGGUGCAUAUUGUGCUCUGAUUCUCAUUACACUCCUGAGUUUACCUCUCGAUCUUCCUCAAGAUGCUCCCGCGAGAUCUUCGAACUAUACCACUUUCAUCGAUGGACUCCCAGAAUGGAUCUCGAGAUGUCAAACAUUUGAGGGCGGUAUAGGUGCUCGACCUAAUGUCGAAGCCCAUGGCGCGUAUGCGUUCUUAGCAUUAGGCUGUUUGUGUAUUUUAGGUGAACCACACAUCAUGAUACCUCAGUAUCUUGACGUGCCAGCCUUUAUUUCAUGGCUAUCAGCACGUCAAUAUGCGCCGGAAGGCGGCUUCUCAGGUCGCACCAAUAAGUUAGUCGACGGGUGCUACUCCCAUUGGGUUGGAGGAUGUUGGCCUCUAUUGGAAGCGUGCCUUGAAGGUCCAACGCAGCAAACUCAAAAAGGGCCAUCCUCGAAUCCAGAUUCAGUAAAUCUCUACAGCCGCGACGGUUUGAUCAGAUACAUCCUUUGCUGUUGUCAGGAUACAGGAAAUCGAGGUGGAUUGAGGGAUAAGCCCAGCCAUCGCUCUGAUUCGUAUCACACAUGCUAUGUUUUGGCAGGUCUUAGUUCCGCACAGCAUAAGUGGCAUUUCAACACGUCUGCACAGAAAACGGAAUCGAGUGGAACGCUCGUUUCACCGUAUCAAUGGACAGCCGAGCCUUAUGUUGAGACAACACAGAUAUAUGAUGAAGAGGAUAGGGUGGGGACUCUCCACCCGGUUUUCGUGAUACCAGAGGGCGUUGCUGAGGAGACACGGGCAUACUUCGCUUCAAAAGGGACCUUUUAAAACGUACCAACAUUCUGAAUAUAUGGGCUGAAUUUACAUUGGCUCGGGAUUGGUAUUUAUGGGAUGAAAAGUCUGCAUAUAUAUGGAUGGCGCCAGUUUCACACUUCGUCGGCGACGGGGGUGAACUUUAUAUAUCACGUGAUGUACAUAACCUAUUUUCCCGCGAGACAUAUUCAACGAUGCGUUAGUUAAGUCCAACCGACCGACCAAUUGAAUCUACCAUUUUCGCAGUGGCUGAGCUUGAGAAUGGCCUGAUUGUUAUCCUUCCUUCUUUGUUGCCAACAGGGUCAAGAGUUGAACGUGACGGGAAAAUUGUGUUGAUUUAAAAGCAAGCGGCGUUUGUGAGAUACAUUAGCCCCAAUGGCAACACA